UGAAAAUCAAAUUGGCUGUCAUCUUGUUCUUUUCUUCGCACUUGGCAGAUGCUUCCUGUUCGCCUUUGGCGUUUUCCACACGAUCCAAACGCUGGGUUUAUCUGUCUUUCUUUUUAAGUUACUAUCAAGUAGACUUAAACUGGGCCAACGUCUUUUCUCCCUGUUCAAUUCCAUGUCGGAUUUUCGAUUGUUCGGGGUUGUCAGGUGAGUAGCUCAUCUGGGUUUUCAGUUUCUCAUUUGGAAUCGCCAUGUUUUCCACAUACGAGCGUGCAAACGCUGAUUUUCGUUUUUAUUGCUCUUGUCAAGGGUUUAUGAAGGGUUUUGAUUGUUCACUGCGUUCUGUACUUACCGGUAGUACUCUCUGUUUGAUUCUUUUCCAUCGAAUGUUGCGAUCAUUUUUUAAAAUUAUUUCCAUGAAGUAUCUAAGACGACCAAAUUUUUUUUUUUCCCUAAACGAAUGUUUAUUAUAAAAUAGUUUGUGUGUGGUUCGGGUUUUGAUCUGAACAGAGAAUCUGAUUCUGGUUUUGAGAGUUGUCAAUCCAAACGCCUAUGUUUGGCCCCUAGUGUAAACCUGUCAGUGAUUGAGUCGAAUAGUUGGUGAAGUAUUUUUCCGCUGUCUAUAUUCUCCAGUUUCGAUAGGAAUGUAGCCAUUGGAUCUUGAUUCCUGCAUCAUGCUUCCAUUUUCAUGUUACUAUUCUUGUAUAAUUCAGAAGUUCCCAUUGUAACACACCUGAUCAUUCGUAUUUAGCAACGCUUCCCUUGGGAGGUUUUGAUGGGAAAUUCCUCAAGCCCAUGAAUCAUUUCUGCAUAUCCUGUCCAAGGGCGACAGCCAAUCGAAUUUUCUUUGGGCGUGGAAAGAUCAAAUGAGUGUGAUUUGGAUUCUUUUGUCUUUGUUUCUAUCCCUUGGGGCGUGCUCAAAUGGGUUGAGAAAGAAUGUUUCCUCGAGACCUGCGGUUGUGAAUGUUGGAGCUAUUUUCUCAUUUGACUCUACCAUUGGAAAAGUUGCCAAGAUUGCAAUUGAGGAAGCGGUGAAAGAUGUGAACUCUAAUUCUAGCAUUCUCCACGGAACUAAACUCAAAGUAACGAUGAGCAAUUCCAAUUGCAGUGGGUUUAUUGGCAUGGUUGGAGCAAUGCAAUUCAUGGAGAACGAAGUCGUUGCCGUUAUAGGCCCACAAUCUUCCGUAGUUGCCCAUGUUAUUUCUCAUGUUGCAAAUGAACUUCAAGUUCCGCUGUUGUCAUUUGCAGCAACAGAUCCCACUCUUUCUUCUCUACAGUUUCCUUUUUUUGUAAGGACAACACAGAGUGAUUUGUACCAGAUGAGUGCUAUUGCUGAGAUUGUUGAUUAUUAUAGUUGGAGGGAAGUCAUUGCAAUUUUCAUUGAUGAUGAUUUUGGACGGAACGGUGUGGCAGCAUUGGAUGGUGCACUUGCGGAGAGGCGUUGCCGAGUAUCCUACAAGUCUGGGAUUCCCUCUGGACCUGAAGUUAGUCAGGGUGACAUUGAAGAUGUUCUGGUUAAGGUUGCAUUAUUGCAGUCUCGAGUCAUUGUUCUGCAAUUAAAUCCCAAUUUGGGUUUCAAGGUUUUUGCUAUGGCAAACCAUCUUGGAAUGAUGGGUAAUGGGUAUGUUUGGAUAGCUACAGAUUGGCUUUCAUCUGUGUUAGAUUCAUCUUUCCACCUUUCAUCAGAGAGCAUGGAUUUAAUGCAAGGAGUUCUUGUUUUGCGUCAACACACCCCAGAUUCAUACAGAAAAAGGGCCUUCUUUUCUAGGUGGAACAAGCUGACUGGUGGUUCUUUUGGGUUAAAUUCUUAUGGGCUUAAUGCUUAUGAUACUGUUUGGUUGGUUGCUCAUGCCAUUGAUGCAUUUUUUAAUCAAGGUGGGACUAUCUCGUUUUCUAAUGAUUCUAGGAUAAAUUCUGUGGAAGGAGGUAAUCUUCACCUUGAAGCAAUGAGUAUAUUUGAUGCAGGAGCAGUCUUGCUGAAGAACAUAUUGCAGACUAAUUUUGUGGGUUUAACUGGUCCUUUUAAAUUUGACUCAGACAGGUCUCGCAUUCUUCCUGCAUAUGAUAUUAUUAAUGUGAUUGGGACUGGAUUUCGAAGAAUUGGUUAUUGGUCCAACUAUUCUGGUUUGUCAAUAGUGCCUCCUGAGACACUCUAUGCAAAGCCACCUAAUCGUUCAAGUGCAAAUCAAAAACUAUAUAGUGUUGUUUGGCCCGGAGACAUGACAUCAAAACCUCGUGGAUGGGUUUUCCCAAACAAUGGGAAGCUAUUGAGAAUUGGGGUGCCUAUUCGAGUUAGUUAUAAAGAAUUUGUGUAUCGAGUGCAAGGGACCAACAACUUUAAGGGUUUCUGCAUAGAUGUAUUUGCGGCUGCUGUAAGCGCGUUACCGUAUGCAGUUCCGUAUCAGUUUAUUCCUUUUGGAGAUGGCCGUCAAAACCCUAGCUACACAGAGCUUGUGAAUUCAAUCACCACUGGUUUCUUUGAUGGCGUUGUUGGUGACAUUGCCAUUGUCACUAACCGGACGAAGAUUGCGGAUUUUACACAACCUUAUGUUGCAUCUGGACUUCUUGUAGUGGCUCCAUUUAAAGAGUCAAACACAGGUGCUUGGGCUUUUCUGCAGCCAUUUACUCCACUUAUGUGGUGUGUAAUUGCUGGUUCCUUCCUUGCGGUUGGAUUAAUUGUGUGGAUUCUAGAGCAUAGGAUAAAUGAUGAGUUCAGGGGUCCUCCUAAAAGACAACUUGUAACAAUUUUAUGGUUUAGCUUUUCGACCCUCUUUUUUGCCCAUAAAGAGAACACUAUGAGCACCCUUGGUCGUCUGGUGCUUCUUAUAUGGCUUUUCGUGGUCCUGAUAAUUAACUCAAGUUACACUGCAAGCCUUACUUCAAUUCUCACAGUGCAACAGCUGUCUUCUCCUAUCAAAGGAAUUGAAAGCUUGAAAACGAUUGAUGAGCCUAUAGGAUUCCAAGUGGGUUCUUUUGCUGAACAUUACUUGGAAGAGGAGCUUGGAAUACCUAAAUCUAGACUUGUUGCCCUUGGCUCACCAGAAGCAUAUGCUUCAGCACUGCAACGUGGUCCUAAAAAUGGGGGUGUUGCUGCUGUGGUGGAUGAACGUCCCUACAUAGAGCUCUUCCUGUCAAGCCAGUGUAAUUUCAGGAUUGUUGGUCAGGAAUUCACAAAAAGUGGCUGGGGUUUUGCAUUUCCACGGGACUCUCCUUUAGCUGUUGACUUGUCAACUGCAAUUCUAGGGCUAUCUGAGAAUGGAGAUCUUCAGCGGAUCCAUGACAAGUGGCUCAGCAGGAGCACUUGCAGUUUAGAUAGUACGGAGAUUGAAUCAAGCCAACUUCACCUUCAGAGCUUCUGGGGCCUCUUUCUUAUAUGUGGGCUGGCUUGUGUUGUCGCUCUCUUCAUACACUUCUUCCAAAUCAUGCGUCAAUUUUGCCAUGUUACUACUGCUGAGUCUGUUUCCACCGGUCAGGCUAGCUCUAGGCGCCUUCGGACUCUUUUAUCGAUAAUGGAUGAGAAGGAAGAUCACUCAAAGAGAGAGAGAAAAAGAACAAAAAUGGAGGGUUCACCCUCAGAUGAUAAUGAUCAGGAAGAUGAAAUAGGGAGGAGCCCCAAGAGGAGACAAACUCGGAAGUCAUCAGACUGUGACAUUAACCUCAAUGAAUAAGCUAGCUUAGCUUUGUUAGUGACAGUGAGGAAGGAUCUUGGCCUACGGCGAACCUGCUUUAUUGAUCAACUAUCUGAUUUGAAUGAAGAAAGGCAGAGGAAUUCUUUGAUUUUUGGUCUCCACAGAUCAGGUACAAUGAUGAACACAAAUGCGAUAUCAAUAAAUGAAGAUUCAAAAAUGUGUUGUUAAGAGUGAACUGUUGAUAUGUGGUGGACUCAUUUUACUAAUUUUAAGGGAAUAUCUGCUGAAAGCAAUUAUAAUUCCUCAAGGACAUGGAUGAUGCUGAAAUGCAAAACUCAAAUUCGUAUUAAUGAUUCAAAAUAUCAAGUGUAGUAUAAAUAUUCAGGUAUACAUAGUUACUGAUGAUCUAUCUGAUUGUGCCCUCUAAAUGUACCAAGCGAACUCAACCAUCCAGUGCUAUUCAAGUCUGACUCGUUUAGCAUUCCCAUUCAAGCUUGAGUCGAUUUCGAUGUACUUGAUUAGUUUGAAGAGUCAAGUUUGACUGCUGUAAUACUGCUUUUUAACCUAAUUGAACCUUAUUCCAAGUUCUGUAUUUUACUAUGUUUAGCAUUCUGUAAGACGAUGAGCAAUAUUAUCUUCAUUCAUAUC